UGUGGGUGAUGCAUGAGAGAACAUUGCCCAAAGCCGACACUGUUUCUAUCCCACAAAACUUCUCGAUUCCCCGAGGGAACCAACUGUGGGAGCGACAAAUUGUCGCCCGUACCCGCACCGAGUCUAGGGGUAACGUCGGGAGAGCUAUCAUGUGCACCCAGAUGUACGCAUCAUCAGCGAGCAAAUGUCUCAUCGCACCCGCGGUGGUGGUGCGAUAAUACAAGACCCGCCGUACUUCGCAAGAUUCCGUCAUCGGACGAUAGAGCCACGAAGUAUCUCGCGACUUACUGUCGGCUCUAUCUCCUCCCGCAGCGUGGUUAGGAUGCGCAAAUGCGCACUUCGUACCCACGCCUGUCUGAUCGCAAAUGGCAUCCGGGAGACUGUCCAGAAUAUUUAUGCGUCCUCUUCAGAUAGGGGACUAUAAAUCUCGGCUGUGCAACCUUCAGGCCCGAGAGCACUCAGGCGGACGGCCGCUAUGUCUGCAAACA